GAACAAUAACUCUCAUCCCUUCAAGAUUUUGGCAGCUUGUUUGGUACUAUACUCAUGCUGCGUGAGUCCAGCAAUCCGUAUGGAUUGGAAGCCACAUGUGGGAUGCGAGUGUAGACAUUUCUCAAGACAAGUUCCACGGCUAGCCAUAUAUGCCGUCCAUUAGAGCCGGGUCGGCCUAGGCCAGCAAGUUGCAUUAGUUUAAUUUGGAGCUACCAACAAUGGCGGCCAGACGAGGCGGCAUGGCGUCCGGAGCUGGAGCGGCGGCGGCGCACAUCGCAUCAUCGAUGGUGUUGUCUCUGUUGCUUGUUGGAGUUGGCGUCUCCCGUGCCCAGCUCCAGGUGGGCUUCUACUCCGACUACUGCCCGGACGCCGAGGACACGGUCACCGCCGCCGUCCAGGACGCCGCCGGCAACGACCCCACCAUCCUCCCCGCGCUGCUCCGCCUCCAGUUCCACGACUGCUUCGUCAAGGGGUGCGACGCGUCGGUGCUCAUCAGGAGCGCCAGCAACGACGCGGAGGUGGACAACGGCAAGAACCAGGGCCUGCGCGGCCAGAACGUGGUGGACGCCGCCAAGGCGCAGCUCGAGGACCAGUGCCCCGGCGUCGUCUCCUGCGCCGACAUCAUCGCGCUCGCCGCGCGCGACGCCGUCGCCAUGACGGGCGGGCCGUCGUUCGACGUGCCCACGGGGCGGCGCGACGGGCUGACCUCUAACAUCCGCGACGCCGACGUGCUGCCGGACGCCGGUGACUCUAUCAGCGUGCUCCGGUCACGCUUCGCCGCGAGCGGACUUGACGACCGCGACCUCGUCCUCCUCACAGCGGCGCACACGGUGGGCACGACGGCGUGCUUCUUCGUGAAGGACCGGCUCUACAGCUACCCGCUGCCGAGCGGCGGGAGGGGGCCGGACCCGUCGAUCCCGGCGUCGUUCCUGGCGGAGCUCGAGGACCGGUGCCCACCGGGCAACUUCAACACGCGGCUGGCGCUGGACCGCGGCAGCGAGAGCGACUUCGACGACUCCAUCCUCCGGAACAUCCGCUCUGGCCUCGCCGUCAUCGCCUCCGACGCCGCGCUGGCCAACAGCAACGCCACCCGCGCGCUCGUCGACGCGUACCUGGGCCCCUGGGCGGGCAGCUUCGAGCAGGACUUCGCGGCCGCCAUGGUUAAGAUGGGCACCAUCGGCGCCAUCACCGGGGACGACGCCGGCGAGGUCAGGGACGUCUGCUCCGCGUUCAACAGCAAUUGAUCUCGGUCGUACGCGUCAUCGGUGCGCGGCGUUGGCGUCACAUAAAAAGAGAAACGAGAAUUUCUGUGUAAACUGAAUUUGGUUUCUCGAGUGGAUUAGUUAGAUUCCAAAAUUGUAAUCGAAAUUAAAUCAAAAAAUGCCCCCAAAAAAAGGGGGCACAUGGAGGAAUUGUGCGGUGCAAUUGAUUGGCAACUUUUUGUUGCA